UUAGGGCGUUUAAACGCGUUCGACUCAAACGCAGAUUUUUACAAAACGCGUUUAAACGUAGAUUUAAACGCCCAAAACAGCGUUCAAACGCGUUUUUUCUCAAAAUUUUCCAAAAACUAGCGUUCAAGCGCGUUUUUUCGAACGCAAACGAUUACAUGGGUAACGAUUGAAAAGAACAAAAGUUAUAACCAAAAUACUGAGAGGUCCAUUCUUUAUGCGGUACCCGGUACAUCUAAAUGACUUUAACUUGUGUUUUCAUCAAAUUUCCUCUCGGAGAAAAAUCUCUGUUCCAACCUGAUUGGCGAAUGAGAAACGUAACUCGAAGUCUCAGAUCCAUCUAAAUAGGAAAAGAAUCAAGCUGAGGCACAUUUAUAACUUGACUUUCCAACUUUUUCGGCGCAUUGUUUAAAAAGCGUUGCAAGAAUAAAAUGGUGAAUGAAAACAAUGCUGAACUGAGUUUUUCACGUUCUUCACACAGUGAAAGAAAGAAAGAGAACAGAAAGAUCCUUAUUUGUUGUGUGUCUAUUUUUUCUUCUCUCUCCAUGUCAAAUGGGUGGCAAUGUCUACACAUAAUAUAUGUUGUGUGAAGAAAGAUAUCUGCUUAUUUGCUAGAUUCCUAUUGUAUGUAAUGUUUCUUUUAGUAUGCGCACAAGGUAUAGUGUAUAGAAGAUGACAACAGACUAUAACGACCAUAAGUAUUUAAUUUCUUUCUCCUAUGUCUGUUUUUCAUUCUCUGUAUUUUAACAAUGAAUGCUGUUUUCUCUGUUCUAAUCAGUGCGAACGUAUGUUUAUCCAUUUUUUUUACUUUAAAAACAAAGAAAGAAAGUUUGUUUUUGUUUGUUUUUGGACUCUCCUUUGAUCUCUAUAUAACUUCUCUCAUAGCUGACUUUUUUUAAAUACUCUUUGCAAUACGAAAAAGUAAUAAAAUAUUAUAGAUAUUUAAAGAUGGAUAAGGCAUAAUGUCAUUUACUUAAGCAAAGGUGUUGCUACUUGACAGUAAAAGAAAAACCUAUAAAAAAUAAUAAUAUGUUUCUUUUAGUAUGCGCACUAGGUAUAGUAUAUAGAAGAUGACAAAAGACUAUAACGAUAACAGAAAGAGAAAAAUAUAGAACAAGGAUAGUGAAUCGUAACUGGUGAUACAGUCUAUAAUUAUCAGCGUGUAAUACAGAAUGAUAGUGGUCACUAGGAAAAAAAAUUGUUAUACCUCGCCUUAGGGUCCACCUGCAGUCAACCUGCAGGGCAGGGCAGUGCAGAAAUUUCCACCCUCAACCUCUGCCUGUACAGAACAAAAGAUUUUUUUGGUAACCUGCAAACUGCAACGAGGAUAAAUUUUAUUCUGCCCCUGCGCGCUAUCGCGCAGGGGUGAAAAAUUAUGCAGGUGAUCAGCUCUGAUAUAUACCUCCAUUUUUUGUUCAACAACAAGUACGAAAACAACUUGAAGAAAGUCAAAAACAGAAACGUGAAUGCCAACGAGCAGUUCAACAAACCCUCACACCUCGAGCAACCAAAUCGACCGAUGCAAUCACAACGGUCAACUCGAAACCGCAGUCUAAACCUUUGCCAUUACCAAAAACAACUGCUGACCUGAUGCCAGUUCCAACCGUAGCGGUAUUAUCAGACUCCACGGCGUCUCGAAUACGCCAAGACGAGCUACAAUCACCACAUGCUACAAUUAAAUUGUACUUGCAAUCGGGAGCGACCCUCGAUAAAUUAAUCGAAUAUGUGCAUUCAAACGAUGGUACACAGUUCCUAUCUGAUGUAAGACAACUCCAUCCGCUGUCAGGACCAAUCGAUUGUUAUGUUAAACAUAAGAGUGCUACCCCUCAGAGUUCAGACGAGGAGAAUCCUGAUGCUCGACGAGAUCCAAACGGGAGAGAUUUUAUGAACAAAGAUAUUCUCACACCGAUCAUGCAGAAAAAACAACAAGUUUUAGCCGCUCGUCCCGCAUUACUUACCAAAAAAGCAGACGAGCAGGAAAAUAGAGAGAAUGCCGAUUACGAUCAUUAA